GGCGCGCGGGCAGCGGAGCCAUGAGCCGCGGGCGGGCGGGCGGCGUGGCCGUGGCCGUGCCCGUGGUGCUGAACGUGGGCGGCACGCGGUACUCGCUGUCCCGCGAGGUGCUGAAGGACCUGCCGCUGCGGCGCCUGAGCCGCCUGCACGCCUGCCGCUCGGCGCGGGACGCGCUGGAGCUGUGCGACGACUACGACGGCGAGCGCAACGAGUACUUCUUCGACCGGCACGCCGAGGCCUUCGGCUUCCUGCUGCUCUACGUGCGCCACGGCCACUUGCGCUUCGCGCCGCACAUGUGCGAGCUCUCCUUCUACAACGAGAUGCUGUACUGGGGGCUGGACGGCUCGCACCUCGACUACUGCUGCCAGCGCCGCCUGGACGACCGCAUGUCCGACACCUACACCUUCUGCUCGGCCGAGGAGCAGCCCCCCGCCGGCCCGGACCCGAGCCCGGCCCCCGACGGCUGGCUGGACAGGAUGCGCCGCACCUUCGAGGAGCCCGCGUCCUCGCUGGCGGCGCAGAUCCUGGCCACCGUCUCCAUCCUCUUCGUCAUCGUGUCCAUGGUGGUUCUGUGCGCCAGCACGCUGCCCGACUGGCGGGCGGCCGAGAACCGCAGCGUGGAGGAGCACAGCAGGGACACAGCAGAGAUAAUUGAAGCUAUCUGCAUAGGCUGGUUCACUGCAGAAUGUAUUGUGAGGUUCAUCAUCUCCAAAAACAAGUGUGAGUUUGUCAAAAGACCCUUGAACGUCAUUGAUUUGCUGGCAAUCACUCCUUACUAUAUCUCUGUGCUAAUGACAGUUUUUACAGGGGAAAAUUCUCAGCUCCAGAGGGCAGGAGUCACUUUGAGGGUCCUUAGAAUGAUGAGGAUUUUUUGGGUGAUUAAACUUGCCCGACACUUCAUUGGUCUUCAAACGCUUGGUCUGACUCUGAAGCGUUGUUACAGAGAGAUGGUUAUGCUACUUGUAUUUAUCUGUGUUGCUAUGGCAAUUUUUAGUGCACUUUCCCAGCUCCUUGAAAAUGGACUGGACUUGGGAACAAAGAAUAAAGACUAUGCCAGCAUUCCUGCUGCCUGCUGGUGGGUAAUAAUUUCUAUGACCACAGUUGGUUAUGGCGACAUGUGCCCUAUCACCGUACCAGGAAGGAUUCUUGGUGGAAUUUGUGUGGUUAGUGGAAUUGUUUUAUUAGCCUUGCCAAUUACUUUCAUUUAUCAUAGCUUUGUGCAAUGUUAUCACGAGCUCAAGUUCCGAUCUGCUAGAUAUGGCAGGAGUCUCUCUGCUGAAUUCUUAAACUAAUGACUGCAUCUUCACCACAGAAUAGUACUAAUAGUACAAACGAAGCUUAUUCUUGGUAGAAGAAGGUGGUGGACACUCCCUUCAUGUGCCCUUCCUGCUGAAUGAUUUAAGGAAUAAUAUCAUCAACUUUGGAAAACAUCAGACACCAUUCAAACCUGAAGAAUGCCUACCUGCUUUGGGCCCACAGCAUGGAGCAGCAGGGGCAGUAGUGGUAUUGAGAUCUGAGGAACAGAAUAGAACAACAGUGGGUUUGGAAAGCUCUCAACCUUUCAUUUGGCUUUGCCCUCAUUUUGCAUUUCUAAACAACCACACACCAAAAAAAAAAAAAAAAAAACAAGGUCUUGCUAUAGAGACACAAAAGGGUCUACAACUCACUGGGAGUCACUGCUUCUUAGCACAUUUGUCUGAGCAGUGUAUAGCAGAAGUUGGUAAAAUAUUUCAAAAUCUGAAGGUCUUUUGACCUAGUUCUCAUAAGUAAUAUCCAGAAAACAUGGAAACAUUGUAGUGCAAAACUACUUUGACUCCUUCAAGCUAUGUGGUUGAGGGAAUAAUUUGGUCCUAUGAAAGAGGAAAUAUAUAAGUAGAGAGGCAAGCAGAGACUCAGGAUCUGAUUCUGAUCUCAUUUAAAGGCACUUAAAUCCACAGGAACAUGUGUUAAAUUACUUCGUAUAUACAGCGGGGUAAUUAAGAUAAGUAGCUGGCUUUAUAUUGUAGCAGAUGCUUAUUUUACUGCAGCUAGUGUUUCUCUGAUAAUAAGGUUUACAAUCAAACUAACACUGUACUUUGUAAAAAUGAGAGUAAAAUUCAGUCAUUGACUGUAUGUUCAAUGUACUGACUGUUAGCUCAAUGGGUGAGAGAGUGCAAAUUUUGCUAAGCACCACCACCAUGAGGCUAUAUGUCUAUGAGCCUUGAUUUUUUAAAAUUUUAUUAAGCACAUUUCUUACAUCAAUGUGAAAUAGUUUCCCCAAGAGAAAUGACAAGAGCCUAUCUUUUGAGACAUUUCAAAGUAAUCUGGAGAAAGCACUAGAAAACAGGAGUGCAUAUAAACGCACUACGCUGACUUAAAACAAGGUGACUUAACUAAGUCAACUUAACGGUUAAAUUGACUUAAUUUAUGCCAUGUUGGAGUGUACACAUGUAUAGCUCCUCGACAUGGUGGCAGCCACCUUGUGAGCUAAGUCAACUUAACUAAUGCGACUCAAGAUAAUACAACUUGUGUAUUAUCCUGCGCCACAUUUAAAUUGGACUCUGUUCCACAUACGUAUAUAUGCUCUGACAGUUAAGUUGACUUAAAAAAGUUAAGUUGGUGUAAAUGUCAGAAAGUUUGUACUGUAUAUGUGUACACUCCCCAGGAGAACAAUUAUCCCCUUUCAGGGACUGGUGCAGACGUCCUAAAUAAGGUGGGUAUUUUUUAGUUUUAAAUUCUCUGAUGAUCCUUAUUGAGGGAUCCACUGUGAAUUGAUGUAAUUUAAACAUAAGUUAAAAGAAAACCCUGUCAAGCAGUCUGGGUGAUAUAGAAAAGGAGUAUUCCAAACGGCUGGAAGUUGUGCUUGGCAAAAAGCACUGUAUUUUCCAAUGUCAGUAUGGGAUUCAGAGGAAUGAAGUUAGAUUCCAAAAUGUGUACACUAUGUUCCUUGUGUGUGUAGUAUUGCUUAUCUAUAACUCUGAAAGGCUUUAAUAUAUAACUAUGCUGUUAAACUUUAUAACACAUUUAGGUAUGGCUUCACAUAUUUAUGCAUUAAACAACACCCACAGGAAACAAAAAUUCUGAAUACAGUGGCUCAGAAUUACUAAUAUAUUUGAAUGUGAUAUUCUUGCCUGAAAAUUGUUGCAAAAUGUUUACUAGUACUCUACAAUAGAAGGAUAUUUUGAUGCUUUGUACACAUUUUUGUUACAGCUUUAGAAAUAAAGUGUCUGGCACCUAGAAACUGAAAUCUCCAGUUCUGCUCAUUCAAACUAAAAGUAUUAGUAUAAGCAUAUAACCAGUACUUGUAGAGUACGAACCUGAAAAGUUAGAGCUCUUAAGUGGGAUACUAGUAGCUUAUAAAGGAGAAAAGGUUAUUCUGCUAGUUAGUCAAUGAGAGAAGGGAACUGUCAAACAGCAAGAAGAUGUAAAGCCAUCUGAAAUAAAAAUCAGCUAUGCUCUUGA